AUGUACGUGCAAAAGUAUCCAAAGCUGAAGAUAAAACUAGUGGACGGAAGCAACAUGGCAGCUGCGGUAGUAGUCAAUAGCAUUCCAAAGGGAACCACGGAAGUUGUGUUUAGUGGCAAACCCACAAAAGUUGCUUCGGCCGUUGUCUUUGCACUAUGUCAGAGGGGAGUUAAGGUGGUGGUUUUACGCGCGGAGGAACAUAGCAAACUCGUCAAAUCAAGGGUCGUCAAGAAGAAUCUGGUACUGUCCUCGAGCAAUUAUUGUUCCCCAUUGGUGUGGUUGGUAGGGGAUGAAAUAGGGAGAGAAGAGCAGAUGAAGGCACAAGAAGGAACACUCUUUAUUCCCUUCUCUCAAUUCCCACCCGACAAACUCCGCAAGGACUGUUUCUACCACUCCACUCCACUCCGGCUAUGCUUGUUCCCAAGUCUGCCCAAAACAUCGACUCAUGUCAGGUACAACUUUGAAUAUAUACAUAGAUAUAAUUGGCUGGGGAGGAGGUUGAUGAGUGCGUGGAGAGUAGGGGGCAUAGUGCAUGCGCUCGAGGGUUGGGAGGAGCACGAAUGCGGCAACACUCCCAACUUCUUCCGUCUCAACGCCGUCUGGGAAGCUGCUCUCCGCCAUGGUUUCCAACCUCUCGUUCUGCCACCAUCUCAUCACUGA